UUUUCUUCAAAAUUGAAUUAUUGUGUUAAUACUUAUUUUUGUAAUAUAUUUAUUUAUAUAGGUAAUUCUUUUUAACCGACUCAAAACAAAAUGGCUUAAUGAUGUAAUCAGUUAUUUACAACUUUCUAAAUCAUUUUAUUUCUAAUGAACUAACUCAUGGUUUAUAUGAUAAUUGUCAUAACUUUAUUUAAUAGAAUGAUUGUAUAUAAAAUGAUUUUUUUUUUUUUUUUGUCUUAAAUUGCCCAGUUUGAUGAAUCCAUUUUAGAAUGAAAGUACAUUGUGACAAAAUAAUCAAACAAAAAAUAAUUUACUAUGAGACCAAAUUGCAAGUUUCUAUGUAGUGUAGGGGCUGUUUAUGUACUCCACUAAAAGUGAAAACAGAAAAAGAAAAAUGAAAACAAAGCAGCAAGAGUUUAGAGCGAUUCCCGUUGGUUCCAAUCAUCACAAUCUUUGCUUCCCACCUAGAAAUACUCCCCUCGCUUGUCAAAAUUUCUUCAAUUUCUCAACGCAAUCCCUUUUUUCUGCCACAAUUCCCGGAUUUCAUGUAUGCACCAGACGCAUAUAAUCCUAAUUUGGAUAGAUUUAUGGAUCAGAUACAUGAUUCUCAAGGUAUAUAGCACUUGGGUGUACUACUAUACAAAGAUCCCAAUUGUUGAAAACGUUUCUUGAUUCAUUCUCUCAUUCGUUGCAUCUCAAUUGCAUGCCGUUGAAGAAAUUCGUGAAAAAAGACUAUAAAUUUGGAGUAUGAUGUCUGGGUUAUGGAGAUGGAGGAAGUUUCAAAAUGUCGUAGUUACGACAACCGCAGCUGCGAGAGUUCCUUCAUUGCACACAUCGAAACGUGGCUUUGUGAACAUAAAAGCCGGAGUCGAUUGUCCGCACAUUCGUCGGAGGUCGUUAAUUGGUGCGCAAGCUCGUUACAAAUGGGAGCAUGGUGGUGGUGAUGAUAAUAACAGUAGAACGUCGACGAUGAUACGGAAGAUUAAGGCAGAAGCUAACUGCCCACGUUGUUGUAAACAGAUGGAUCUCGUUUUCUCCGAUAACCGUCACCUCAUUCCACCACCUUCCACCGGUUUCGCUCCUGGAGAUGAAUGGGGUGACCCGCCGGAACCCAGUUCCGUUCCGGAUGAGAAAGGGGGUCAUCAAGCGGUGAGUUUGUGCCCCAACUGUAAAUCUACUUACCAGUUCCAGCCGUAUCAAAUGUCUCCUCUUCAGGGUAGGUUUGUUGAAAUCGGUAGGUUUAGAAAUGGUAAUGGGAAGGAUAAGAAACACAUUAAUGGUGAAGAGGAUUAUGGAAACAAGCAUAGGGCUUCGUUUUGGGAUACACUGCGGUCUUACGGUGGUGACCCGCCGGAGAAUUGGACAAAUCUUUCUCAUCCUCCUCCUCCUCCUCCCCCAUCUAGCACCGGACUUGCAGUGCAUACUCCCCCAGGCCUUCCUUUUGCACCAAGCAUCAAUGUGACUCGCGCAGGGGGUCCUGGUGGUGGUGAAAACGGUAAACGUGGUGGUGGAGAGAAGAGUAGCGGGUGGGGUGGGUCGAAUUUGGGGAAGAAUCUGCCUACGCCUAAGGAGAUUUUCCAUGGGCUUGAUAAGUUUGUCAUCGGUCAACAUCGUGCCAAAAAGGUGCUUUCUGUGGCUGUAUAUAACCAUUACAAAAGAAUAUAUCAUGCGUCCUUGAAGAAAGGGUCAGGAGUAGAAAAAGGAAGAGGAAGGAUGGAAGAUGAUGAUGAUAAUGUAGAUUUAGAGAAAAGCAAUGUACUUUUAAUGGGCCCCACUGGCUCGGGGAAAACUCUACUUGCAAAGACCCUUGCCCGAUUUGUUAAUGUUCCUUUUGUAAUUGCAGAUGCAACAACAUUAACACAGGCUGGUUAUGUUGGUGAAGAUGUUGAAUCUAUAUUACAUAAGCUACUUACGGCUGCUGAGUUUAAUGUUCAAGCAGCACAACAAGGGAUGGUUUACAUUGAUGAAGUGGAUAAGAUAACCAAAAAGGCGGAGAGCUUGAACGUUAGCAGAGAUGUUUCUGGGGAGGGUGUUCAGCAAGCUCUACUCAAGAUGUUGGAAGGAACAAUAGUCAAUGUACCCGAGAAAGGGGCCAGAAAGCAUCCUCGGGGUGAAAAUAUUCAGAUAGAUACAAAAGACAUCCUUUUCAUUUGUGGGGGAGCGUUUAUCGAUUUGGAAAAAACAAUAUCCGAGAGACGACAGGAUUCUUCAAUUGGUUUUGGAGCACCUGUUCGUGCUAAUAUGAGAAAUGCUAAACUCACCAACGCUUCAGUCACAUCAUCUUUACUUGAAUCUGUUGAAAGUAGUGAUCUUAUAGCUUAUGGACUGAUUCCGGAGUUUAUAGGACGUUUUCCCAUUUUACUUAGUUUAUCAGCUCUAACCGAGGACCAACUUGUUCAGGUGCUGAUGGAACCAAAAAAUGCUCUUGGGAAGCAAUACAAGAAGUUGUUUCAGAUGAACAAUGUGAAACUACAUUUCUCAGAGAAGGCAGUGAGAUUGAUUGCUGAAAAAGCUAUGAUUAAGAACACGGGUGCUAGAGGCUUAAGAGCCAUACUCGAAAACCUUCUAACCGAUUCUAUGUACGAGAUUCCGGAUGUGGGGACGGGAAAUGAUCGAAUAGAAGCGGUGGUGAUUGACGAGGAGUCGGUUGGGUCGGUAGAUAAACCGGGGUGUGGUGGAAAAAUACUUCGGCGUGAAGGUGCAUUAGAUGAGUAUCUUGCAAAAACCAACUCCAAACAACAACAAGAAGUGGAAGGGGAAGGGCUUGACGAAGGUGUGUCAUCAAAAGCCAUGAGCAUAUGUUGGAAAGGAGAGGGGUAAACUUCGCCUUGCCUUGGUUUACUGGGCUAUUUGGUGUAUUUGGAAAGCUCGAAACACUUUAGUUUUCAAGAAGAGAAAGUGUUCUCCUUUGAAGACCGCAGAUGACAUCCAACUUGUGACUUUUAGUUGGAUUAAGUUUCCUUCUAAAGUUACUUUUUUUUUAUGUUGGUUUAAGUGGUGUGUUUCCCCUUCACAUGCUUGUAAUUUGUAACUUUUGUUAAUGUGUUGCUAGUUUUCUUUUGUUUAAUGCAUUCGUCAUUAAAAAGAAAAACUAUAUGUGUUCAAAGUUUUUGUUUUUGUUUUUUUAACAAGGUGAUGUUACUAAGACACACUAGUAAGAUGUUAAAAGAAAAUAAAGACUUAGAAUUUCAUACAAGGGUCUUUAAGCCUCCUAAACAAGUCCAACGGUAAUGACUUGGUUAUUUUUUUUUAUUAUAUUCACACUAUUUUUUCUUUUUAGUGAAAAGAUGGUUUCUUUAAUAAUAAGAGAUCCACC